UCCGUGUUCUCUUGUCAGGUGAACUCAUUUCUUCACAACAAACUUUCCAUGCCCCCAACAUCAUCGUAGUUCUUCAUUCCUUUUCAAACAUGGAGUGUAUCGACUCGCACCUGAUGUCUGUCCCCCUCGUCGCCCUGAACGUCACCGUGAGGAAUAAGUUGGGACUUUAUCUGAACCCCAAAAACACAGUGGCUUCGGACUGGGCGGCUGUUGCAGAGGCCGUGGGCUACUCAUAUCUGGAGAUAAAGAACUUUGAAAGGUCAAAAAGUCCGACAAAAACGGUUCUGGACGACUGGCAGGCUCGAUCCACGGAUGCGACAGUGGGGAAGCUGCUGUCUAUUCUGACCGAGAAGGAGAGGAAAGACAUUGUGGAGGAUCUGCGUCCUCUGAUAGAUGAGGAUGUGAGAAAAUAUUUUGAGAGUCUUAAGAAGAAGGCCGAGCCCCCUGUUCAGGUUCAUGAAGUUGACAGCUGUCUCCCUCGGCCUGCCCCAGAGAGGAUCGGUAUCACCCUCGAGGAUGACCCAGAAGGUGCUCCUGAGCUGUUUGAUGCCUUCAUCUGCUACUGCCAGAGUGACUUUGACUUUGUCCAUGAGAUGAUCCAGCAGUUGGAGCAGACGGAUCACAAGCUGAAGUUGUGUGUGUUUGACCGAGAUGUCCUCCCGGGCUCCUGUGUGUGGACAAUCACGAGUGAACUCAUCGAGAAAAGGUGCAAAAGAAUGGUGGUGGUCAUUUCUGAUGAAUACCUUGACAGCGAUGCCUGUGACUUUCAGACCAAGUUUGCUCUCAGCCUCUGUCCUGGAGCCCGAAAUAAACGUCUUAUCCCAGUGGUUUACAAGCCAAUGAAAAAGCCAUUCCCAAGCAUUUUACGCUUCCUCACCGUAUGUGACUACACCCGGCCUUGCACACAGACCUGGUUCUGGAAACGGCUGGCCAAAGCUCUCGCACUUCCCUAAUCAUGGACUAAAAUGUUAAUUGCAUUUUUACAUGUGCCUUUAUAUUCCAUAAAAGAGAAUGUGGGACAAUUGCCAGUAAGUACAAGUGCCAAACAUUGUUGCUUGUGAGCCCUAUCCUGCUGGUUUCUCGAUUCACUUUUUAUGUGUAUAUGCAGUAUAUAAUAUUAUGCUUCGAUUUGUGUUUUCUAUUGAAAAGAUUGAUUUCUCAAUUUUAUUCAUACAGAACUCUACGUGCUCAAGUGCACCAAGUACUAGCAAAGUUCUCACUGCACAUUUUUUUUUUUUUUUUAAGUAUUAGUCAUUUGAGAAGUUUGAGUUUAUUUUUUACAGAAAAUGUACUAACUGCUCUGUGAAGGGCUGUUUUUUUUUUGUUUAGGCUUACUUCCUUUUAUGAGUCAACCUCUUGAGGAACACGCAGCUGAAGAGGAAGAGGAAGAGAUAUUUUGAUUGUGAUACUUUCACAUGCUCAGUUUCACUGUUGACACCUGCACUGAGCUUUUAUGUCUUAAAGUCACCUUAAGGUCUGACAUUUAAUUAUCUGUGAUAAUGUUUUUGUUUUUUUUCAAAUGUCAUCCGCAUUGUAUAAAUGGUCUAAAAUGUUCUCCAUUUAAUAAAUUGUAUUUUCAAGUGCC